AUGAUGGCAAUUCAUGAGGCAGACACUCAACAGCCUCCGAACACGAGUUCAUCAUCAUCGUCCAAUCAUAAUAACAGCAACUUGUUGAACAAAUUUCUAUUGCAUCAACCAGCAUUUGCAAAACAAGAAAUGAUGGAAGAGAUUCCGAUGAUGAAACACAAAAUUUUGAAUGGACUUUCUGUGGCUCAUGAUCUUUUCAAUUCCGAGCUCAAAAAUUUGGAAGGGGAGUCUUGUUUCUUUCAUACGUUGAAUGAAUCCAUAAAUCUAUUUAACAAAUACGUUAGCUUGGAGUAUCCACUUUCAAUCGAGGAGCGCAUUCAAAUUCUCGAGAUGGCUCUUCCCUUUCUUGUGGAUGAAAAAGUGGGAAGUAUUGCAUUCAUGGAAAUUCGUACAAAAAUUGCAGACCUGCUCUACACUCUCCUAAAACACAGAAAGGUGAUCUUGCGAAUGCAAUAUUGUCCAAUGAUGAAAGCAGUGACAUGUUGGAAGAGACUUUACGAAUUGAUUAGACAGUCGUUUUUUAACAAGCAACGUAAGCUAGAUUACGGCAUUCCUAGCAAUCCUGAGUUAUUUAUCAAAUAUGGAUUGACACUAAUUAAGGCUGUUUGUAAAUUGAGAAACUUCUUUCCAACAAGUGCAAGCAAAGAAAUACUAGACACUUUUACAAGUAGAAUGUCUGUCAACCAUACAGAGUACUACAUUUCAAUUUGUUACAUGUGCUUGCUUCUUCCUACAAGCUUCCGAAACGAAGACUCAAUUCAAGGGAAAUGUAACUAUUGGCUUGACCAUUUAAUUGAACUGUGGAACUCGAGCGUAUCAAGCACGCCCCUAAUUGAAGUUAACUUCUUUUCACUAUUUUAUCGCAUGUCCAGAGAUCGGUGUGGAGACGUUCAUAUAUUUCAACCUCAUUUAGAUGAUAUUUUCACAGAAAUUUUAAAAUGUAUGGACGUUCCUGUUAAGAUUACAGUCUCAACAUUAAGCAGCAAAAUGGGUGUGAAACUAACUCUGGAAGAUCAAGACGACAGCAGUGUUUCAAAACUGUAUCGAUUGGCAUCCUCAUCAGGCACUGAUCCACCAGAAGUAUGCAACCUAUUUUGGUCGGACUCUCCCAAAGGUAUUGCGCUCAAAUAUGCUGCUCAGCUUUGUGUUUAUUUAUUAGACUUUCCAGAGACCCUUCAAUUUUUAACACAGCUCAUACACUGUGUGGAAGACCAGUUCUUGUGGAACUCGAAUUUAAUUGCCUUUUUGCAUGAGCUUAUUAGAGCACUAGCCAAACGUUUAAAGCGAGAGCAAUCAUCCACAUCAACAACUCAACUAUCGGAAAAGGUGGUGGAUGAAAUUGUAGAUAUAAUAUUCUCUGUGUCUAAGGCUAUAUUAUUCUCAGAGGACAUUGAAAUUUGGAUAGUCGAUAUCGAAGUCAUCAAACACCUCUGCUAUAUUAGACCAAAACGAGUAAUUACUGAACUAUUUGAAAUUAUUCUAAACAGCUUGCAAAAUUUUAGCAAGGCCAACCAAAUAUCGACCACUAUUGAGCUACUAAAUGUGGUAUUAAUUCCGUUCAUGACACAAUGUGACGAUAUACCAGAAAUUCGAGAAUAUUUAGCUCAAGUGUUAAUGACUGUAGUCUUAAAUAUUGAAAUCACGGACAUUAUGAAAGCAAUUCGAGCGUAUGAAUUCAUGUCGCGAGUGUUCCAACUGGUGCCUAUUAUCGAAUCAAGCGAUGCUGAUGAGGUGCCAUCAGCGGUAUCUCUAUUUGAAGAUUUUUCUGUUGAAUUUGUUAAUAGAACGCUGGAAUUUUUAAGCAACGUGACAUAUACUGACCUCUCCAAAAAUUACUUCCGAAUUAUGACUUCCGUUUCACUAUUUUUUCAACAACUCUCCCCCAGACUUCACAAACUAUGUUUACAAAAGAUUGUCCUAUAUUUGUCAACAAACUUUUUACCAGAUUCUUCAAAACAAUUGAGAGAUCUUAUUCAUUACGCCAGUACCUACUACUGUGAGAAGUACAAUCCCAUGGAUAUUAUUAUUUCAGAAUUGGAACCAAAAGUUCUGCAAAAAGACAACAUGAAUGACAAGGAGCUCAAUUACUACUUGCUAAUUUUAGGAAAAUGUUUUAAGAAUAACAACAACGCUAUGCAUCAUUCAAACACAGUUAGGCAAGUUAUUGACGCCCAUUUAAGAAAUAGCACAGAAGUGGAUUUAAGUAUAAUUAUAGCUGUUGGAAAAUUUAUUCGUCACUAUAUCCAAAGCUUAACCACGGUAUAUCUAUUGGAAAAAAGAAGUGUUCCGUUUUCGACGUGGAAUUCUUCUCGAUUCUUGAAAACAGAUCACUUUCAAUAUUGGGGAAAAUUAGUGAAUAUUAAUUCAGAAUCCGAGGUAUAUGGCACCAUCCCAGCAGUGAAGAGCUUACAGAGGCUUCUUUGA